UUUUCCUUUACCCAUACAGGUCACUACAAAAUCAGUGAACUUGAUAAAGUUAUGAAAGAAUUGCAUAUAAAUUAUGGUAAAAUUGCCAAAGUUGGUGGUUUAAUUGGCCAUCCCGAUUUGCUGUUCGUAUUCGAUGGCGAUGAAAUACGUAAUAUAUUCAAAAAGGAAGAAACUAUGCCGCACAGACCUUCAAUGCCUUCUUUAAAAAACUACAAAGGAAAAUUACGCAAGGAUUUCUUUGGUGAUACAGCAGGUUUGAUUGGUGUUCAUGGCAAAAAUUGGGAGUUAUUUCGUCAGGAAGUACAACAAAUUUUAUUACAACCACAAACGGCCAAAAAAUACAUACCACCAUUAAAUGAAAUUGCUACAGAAUUUAUGCAAAGGAUACAUGAAAUGCGUGAUGAAAAUGAUGAAUUACCCGAUAAUUUUCUACAUGAACUCUAUAAAUGGGCUUUAGAAUCUGUGGGUAGAGUUUCAUUGGACACCAGAUUGGGUUGCUUAGCACCUGAGGGUACUGAAGAUUCACAAAAGAUUAUAAAUUGUAUAAAUACUUUCUUUUGGGCAGUUCCUGAAUUAGAAUUGCGCAUGCCUUUAUGGAGAUUUUAUCCAACAAAGGCGUAUAGAAGUUUUAAUAAAGCCUUAGAUGAUUUUACAGAAAUCUGUAUGAAAAACAUAAGCCGCACUAUGGAUGCUGCUGAUAAUUGUACGGUUAAAAAAGCGGAAGCGGAUAUAAGUAUUGUAGAAAGAAUUGUACGUAAAACGGGUAAUCGUAAAUUAGCCGCCAUAUUGGCAUUGGAUUUAUUCUUAGUGGGUGUUGAUACGACUUCAGUAGCUGCAUCAUCAACUAUCUAUCAAUUGGCUAAAAAUCCUCAGAAACAAGAAAAACUAUUCGAAGAAUUACAACGUGUUUUCCCAACACGUGAAGCGGAAAUUAAUCAAAAUGCCCUUGAACAAAUACCAUAUUUAAGAGCUUGUAUCAAGGAAACAUUAAGAAUGUAUCCGGUGGUCAUAGCCAAUGGUCGUAGUUUACAAUCUGAUGCUGUAAUCAAUGGUUAUCAUAUACCAAAAGGUACCCACGUUAUCUUUCCACAUUUAGUGGUAUCAAAUGAUACGACUUAUUUCCCAGAACCAAAACGAUUUUUACCCGAACGUUGGCUCAAACAAAAUGAUUCUACUCAAACAAAUAUGGAUAAAUGUCCACAUGCUGGCCAUAAAAUACAUCCCUUUGUGAGUUUACCAUUUGGUUUUGGGCGUCGUAUGUGUGUUGGUCGACGUUUUGCGGAAAUUGAGUUACACACUCUAUUGGCCAAGAUAUUUCGUAAAUAUCGAGUGGAAUACAAUCAUGGUGAAUUGGUUUAUAAAGUCAAUUCAACCUACAUACCAGAGUCACCGUUAAAUUUUAAAUUAACUUUAAGGGACAGUUGAAAUAUUGAUAAAUUGCCAUCGUUGGACACGUUGCAGCAAUUUGUCGUAUGCAGUUGUAUAUAAAUAUUUUAUUUAAAUCUAGUAUUUAAGUUUAGAGUAGUUUUAUUUAAGAAAUAUAAACAAAUAAAUCUUUAAAACAAUAAAUAUUUCCCCAAAAAUAAAAA